CUUGUUAUAAUAGACCUGAAGCAAUCUCUUAAUAAGUUCAUAGAAGAGGAAACUAUAAAAGAUUAUGAUAGAGAAGCUGAAAUAGCUCUGGAAGCAGUGAAAUCAGGCAAAGUAGACAUAAACCAGCUGGCAGAUACUUGGGCUAAAGCUUAUAAAGAGACAAUGUUAGAAUAUGCAAAACCUGAAGAAACCAGCUGGGAUGAAGAUUUUGCAGAUGUUUAUCACGAUCUGAUACAUUCUCCAGCUUCUGAAAUGCUGUUGAACCUGGAACACAAUUAUUUUGUUAGCAUCUCUGAAUUAAUAAGCGAGAGAGAUGUGGAACUGAAAAAGCUACGGGAAAG